AUGAGAGUCUAUACAGCAGUUACUUAUAUCUUACUUUGUGUAUUAUACUAUAUAUAUACUGCGAACUCUUCUGAAAAAAGUAUUCAACCAAUAAGUGCCAGCAGAGUUACACUCCUGGAGGCUAAAUCUGAGAAUCAGAAAAGACAUAGGAAUCAUAAUAAAAGAAAAAGACACAAGAAAAUAAGGCAUAAAAAUAAGAAGACAAAGAUGAGCCGUAUGAAUAAAGAGAAAGAUGUUAAAAAGAAGGAUAAACAUAAGAAUAAACAAUCAAAGAUGGGCAAAGACAAAUACAAAAGUAAUAGCAAAAGAAAAAGGUAUCACAGAUACCUUAAAAAUAGGAUAUCCUGUUGUAAAGUAUGUAAAAGCUAA